AUGAUGAAAACGCUGUUUGUACAACUUGUUAAAGAUCGUUUUACAUGUUCAGAUACUGAACAAACAUGCUUUUUACCAACAAUGUUGGGUGGUAUUGGAGGCGAUUGUCUCACCAAAAAUCGUGAGGAAUAUGAUAUGAAGUCGAAUGUAAAAUUAUCCGAUGUACAAUGUUUAAAUCCUCUUUCGAAAAAUUAUCAAUAUCUUUGGCAAUAUCUUGAACAAUCAUGGUCAUUAAUAGAUAGCACUUCGUUAGCUACUAAUAAUGAAAGAUCAAAUGUAUGUAAAUAUUGGAUUUAUCCACCUAAUUAUUAUCAAUUGCCAAUCAGGACAAUAUGUGCCGGUAAAAUGGGUCUGUGA